UGAAUGCCCCAAGCAGGGCUGAAAAGCACAUCGACACUCUUUUGGCCUGUUGCUUCAGGAGACGCUUGUGGAGGUGAGGGACCUGAGAAAUGGCAUCAGGUCCCCUGAGAAGUCAUUGCCGUUGUACGAACCCCUUCAUCCUGCUCUAUGACUGACGGCUGUUUGACUGUUUGGAAGCUGCUUUACUCCUGGCCCAGGAAUAGGAUGACCGGACGCUUGUUUCGAGCUCAGCUCUGCUGGAGGCCUGUGGAGGGUUAAAGCAUCCAGUGCUUCAUGUUGAGAGGAAGAUGUUCUGCUGGGGGAAGGGACAGAACGGACAGAUGGGACGGACACAUGGUCCAUGUCAAACUCCCCUCCCUCCUUUAAUCUGACCGGUCCGGGGGGGGCGAGGGAUGAGGAAGGCUGCCGGGUUUCGCCUCCGCUUCUCCCUCUCCUCUCUCCUGGCAGCAGCCGCAGAGCGAACCGACGCAGGACAUGGGCAACAAAGCAAGCGGUUUUCCUGGCAGGCGGUGCGGCCGGGGCUCGGGCUGAGGCUCUGGGCUGCAGGGGGCCCAGCCGGACCGGAUCCACCGUUAAUCCUCUGACCGGCCUCCUGGAGGAUGUGAGGCCCUCUUUCUGGGGGAAAAGCUGCCGCUGCUGGAAGUUCAUGGCCAAAUGUAGAGCUUCGGUGGUCGACGACAAACACAUGAGAGGGACGAUGUCGGCCACGCAGGGGAUGAGCCGCACCAGCGUCUACAGCUACUUCCUCAACAUGGUAGCCUAUCAGAUUUGUUGCUGCUGUGGACCGGCUCCCUGCUCGCUCUGCUGUGCCUUCUGCCCUCCUGUCAAAUCGUCCACCAGCACCCGGGUCAUGUACACACUCUUCCACAUCAUGAGCUGCGCCGUUUCCUGCCUCAUGUUGUCCCGCACCGUCUCUGAGCUCGUCAGGGAAAAUGUGCCUUUCUUCAACGUGGUUUGCGACCAGGCGCACGGCGGAGGCCACUGUGAGAUGCUGGUGGGAUACUCCGCAGUCUACAGAGUCUGCUUCGGCACUUCCUGUUUCUACCUGAUGAUGGCGAUCUUCCUCAUCGACGUCAAGUCCAGCCAGGACUUCAGGGCGCUCAUACACAACGGGUUUUGGUUUUUGAAGUUCAUCACCUUGCUUGGGAUGUGUACUGCUGCCUUCUUCAUCCCGACAGAGUCCUUCCUGCACGCUUGGCAUUAUGUUGGUGUGGUGGGAGGGUUUGCCUUCAUCCUCAUCCAGCUCAUCCUCAUCACGGCGUUUGCUCACACCUGGAACAAAAACUGGUUGACCGGAGCGGCAGAAAACAAGCGCUGGUACCUGGCGGUGAUGUGCGCCACGCUCUUCUUCUACACCAUCGCCACCAUGGCCUUCACCUUCAUGUACAAGUACUACACACACCCCAUCGCCUGCCACUUCAACAAGGUCCUGCUGUGGGUCAACCUGGGGCUCUGCGGCCUCAUGUCCUUCAUCGCCGUCACGCCGUGCGUCAAGCAGAAACAGCCUCGCUCUGGGCUGCUUCAGGCCUCCAUCAUCAGCUGCUACGUCAUGUACCUCACCUUCUCCGCUCUGUCCAGCCGCCCGCCAGAGAAAGUGGUGUACCAGGGCAUGAACAUGACCGUCUGUUACCCCAGUGUGGGGCAAGAUGGCGUGAAGAACGAGGGCAACGCUGUGGCCAUCAUCGGCGCUGCCAUCAUGUACUGCUGCGUUCUGUUUGCCUGUAAUGAAGCUUCGUAUCUGGCCGAGGUGUUUGGUCCGUUCUGGAUGAUCAAAGUUUAUCGUUAUGAGUUUCAGAAAGCGACGUGUUGCUUCUGCUGCCCAGAGGAAGAAGCAGUUGAAGAUGAGUUUGUGGCUGAUGAUGACAACAAAGGCUGUCAGAAGGUCAUUCAUAAUGAGACGCAGCGGGUGGCGUACAGCUACUUCUUCUUCCAUUUCGUCUUCUUCUUGGCAUCGCUGUACGUCAUGAUGACCCUCACCAACUGGUUCAGCUACGAGUCGGCGGUGUUGGAGACGACCUUCACCCACGGCUGCUGGUCCACCUUCUGGGUGAAGAUGUCGUCCUGUUGGGCGUGCGUCAUCCUCUACCUGUGGCUGCUGCUCGGCCCGCUGUGCAGCUGCCAGAACGAGUCCAGGCCGCGCCGCUCCCGCAUCAAACGCCGCUCCGCGUCCUGCCGCCACGUCAGCGUCAGCGUGUGACUCCGUCAGCGCCGCCCCGACGCAGCCGAACACGAGCGGAGCCAAGCGGGUCGGCCGCGACGCUCUGGAGGUCGCUGGGGUCAAAGACUCACCGAAUGAGAGUGAGAGCUGAGCACCGGGCCAGAGGGACUGGAGCUACACUCAAACACAAUCAGGGACGUGAUUGUGACUUUCAAACUCUCAGAAUGAAUUGCCAAAGGGAGCCGGAGGAGACGACCGUACACUGAAAACCACAAAAUCUUACCAAGUAUUUUUGUUUACUUUUUAGCAAAAAUAUGUUAGAACUCUGGAAAUAAGACAAAAUUAACUUACAGGAAAUAGGAGCUUGUUUAAAGUCAAUAGCUAAAUGUAAUAUUAAUGAAAGACUACUAGUUCACUCAGAACAUGGGAAAAUGUCUUCUGCCAAUUGAACUAGUUCUUUUUCAUCAAUACUAAGGAAUUAUUGACUUAAAACAAAUUCCUAUAUCUUGCUAAAAAGUUACUUGUAUGUUAAAGAUAUUUGCAGUAGAAACAGACAAAAAUACUUAAUAAGAUUUAGUUGUUUUUUUUUGCAGUGUAUUUCUUGGGAAUGACAUUAAGGAUCUGAAAUAAUGUGAACGUUUCAUAUCUUUACUGUUGAAAUGUGAUAGUAUUUUUCUAUUAUAAUUUUUUUUCCAAUAUUUAGACAGGCAGUAUCAGUGUCCCCGGCACUUAGCCUAUUUUAUUCAGCCUUUUUGUCCUCUGAUCAUCUGAUGAUGUAGAAAUCUUGUGAAAACUCAUUCCACACAUUCCACAGUCAUCAGAAAUGUAUUUUUAUUCCCUUACAUUAAGACAUCUGUUAAUACGUCAUCAGUAAAUACAGCAACGGGUUUCUGUUUGUAUCCAGCAAACUGUUUCUGAACAAUUUUGGGAUGUGUGCGCUUCUUUUCACUGCUGUUGCAAUCCCACUUCUUGUCACUAGAUGUCACUGUAUCAAACAGCAUUUAAAUGAGAAAGAGAGUAGAAAAAGAAAGGGUUUUUUGGAACAUGUGCAGGACAUUGUGAGGAUAAUCUGCUUCAUUUGGAAAUCCCGUUACGUCGUUUCAAUCUAAAAUGAACGAUGAUGUCUCAACACGAACUGAGCUGAGCGACGCGGCUUAAAAAUAAAAUCUCCAUUUUUUUAAUACCAGAUCCAAUUUUCCAUUUUAAUAGAUUUUUUUUUUGUUUUCUGAAAAAGAAAUGUCACAAGACAGAAAACAUUUUCAAAAAGUGGAUUUUAUUUCAAACAUCUCUUCAGAAUACAACCAUCUUUGAUUAAUUACUACAAUACAGUUACAAUAUUAGGAGAAUAAAGAUGCAAUUUUACUAGAAAAUAUCUCAAAAUGAUUUGAAAAAAGUGACUUUAAGGAGAAAAAACUUUGUUUUUAUUUGUGUUUUUAUUACAACUUUUUUCUGGUAAUUUUAAGAUUUUAUUACAUUAUUUUGUCAUUUGACUUUAUUCUUGUAUUACUAUAACUGUAUUUUUGUACUUGUGAUAAAAAAAAGAAAAACAUCAUAGCCUGACUGUAGAGUUGUAGAGACUCCAAAAACUUAAAUUAAAUCUUCAAAAACCAAAAAUUCAAUUAAUUGAUAAACUCAAUCAGCCCUUACACUGAAACUAUUUUUGUUUUUUUGUUAAAGAUCUAGAGACACUUAUUUUUAUGCUUUUAUUUAAAUUUUUAUGAUCAAGUAACCUGCAACUUUUUGUUCCCUCAUACAAUAAAUUCCCAUCAGAAAUUUCAGCUUUUGAAUACAAACAAAAUACAAAUGCAUUCAUGGUCAAAAACAUAAACUUUUCUAACAUCUUUGACUUUAAGCCAAAGAAAUCUCAUAUUUUUAAAUUAAACAUUUAAAUGUCUGCAUUUAGGAAAAGCUUCAGAGAUUCCCCCGAUCAACAAACAGGCAGCUAAACGGAAACACACAAUGAAGGAAACGCUAAAAUAAAAGACAUGUUUGCAUUAAUAUUGCUAUAUAGUGUAUAUUUCAGUUUUAUUCAUGAUACAGACGGGAAAACUUCUUGUUUACAUAUAUUUUUAAUGAAAUGAAAAACUUUAUGAACAGAAUGAAUUGAAAAACAGUCUUUUAAGAAAUAAAAAUGAGCUCCAGAGGUAGAUUUCACUUUUUAUUGUUUUGCCUCCUGAAUUUGUCUUGUUAGCAAAGCAGAAGCAGCUCCUUCAUAGAAACGUUCACACAGAAGCUACAGUCAACUGGUUUCCGUUCAUUUCUCCGUUCCUGAAAGGAAACUGAGCCGAGUGUCUGCAAUGACUUUUUUGUGUUCUGCUGAUGAGCAGGAAUCAGGCUCACAUGGGUUGAUUUUAGUCUUUUAUUGUAGAUUUAAAGACAUUUUUGUAAAUAAAAUGUUUUCUUAUGGU